CUACUCAGCUGCCAUAACAGGCAAGCAAAUGUGUACCAAUUGGAAAGAUGAAUUAAACAGUGCCUAAAGACUACAUUUUAAAGCAAAUUCGUGUGUUAAUAGCAGCACCAUGUUGCGUGUCGGGAGCAAAGCUGGCUGCAUGGCCUGCAGGAACCUGGUCUCCACCAACAUGGGGGUGAGAUUUCGGGUACCGCUCCAGAAGCUGCACCCUCUGUCUCGUGCCAUCCACCACCGCUACUCGGGUAACACCAAUCCCCAGCGGCCACCUCAUCGCACGGCAGCCCGCUAUUUCACCUCCAUGUCGCGGUUGCCCAUGCGGCCACCUAAACCUCCCCCGGGGUCAGGGGGACGGGGCCACCAGCAGCAGCGCAACUUUUGGAUGCUCCGCCUUGCUUCCAGGCUGCUAAAGCUCCGAUACAUCUUGUUGGGCAGUGCAGUGGGAGGAGGCUAUACAGCUAAGAAGACCUAUGAAGAGUGGAAGGACAUGCUGCCUGAUUUUAGUGAAUACAACUGGGUCAUUCCUGAUUUUGUCUGGGAGCUGAGUGAACAAAUUGACCUCGAUAAACUGGCCAAAGCUCUACCAGAGAUUGAGGAAAUAGCCAAACUACUACCUGACUUAGACAAGAUAGGAGAGAACUUCACCUUCCUCAAAAGCCUCCUGUCCUCUGGUGUGAGUUUGGGUAGUGAAGUCAAAGGAGCUUCUGGUCUGCAUCUGUUGUUAGAAACCUCAGGUGACCCUCCACUAAAAGCCACAGAUGCUUCUGCUGCAGCCACACAAGAUGCCAGCGACAAGCAAUACAAAAAGGGUCUGCUUGGCGAGCUCGUUCUUAUUCAGCAGCAGAUCCAGCGGCACGAGGAGGAGGUCCGGCGGGCCGCUGCAGCGAAUAAUGCGCGUCCCCCACCGCCAGAGCCUGCUCCCAGUCCGCCUCCGAACCCCAGCCCCCCUCAACAGAAACGCAAGUCUUCAGACAAAGAAAAGUUAGACCAGCUUCAAGAGGAACUGCUUCGUACUCAGCUAAAAUAUCAACGCAUGCUGGAGAGACUGGAGAAAGAGAAUAAAGAGUUGAGGAAAGUGGUUCUGCAAAAAGAUGAUAAAGGGAUUCACCAAAGGAAAGUGAAGAAAUCCCUUAUUGACUUGUAUUCUGAAGUCCUGGACAUCUUGUCUGACUAUGAUGCCAACUACAACACCCAGGACCACUUACCCAGGGUGGUUGUGGUUGGCGAUCAGAGUGCUGGGAAAACUAGCGUGCUGGAGAUGAUAGCUCAGGCCAGGAUUUUUCCCAGGGGCUCUGGAGAGAUGAUGACACGCUCUCCUGUCAAGGUGACAUUAAGUGAAGGGCCCCACCACGUGGCUCUGUUCAAGGACAGUGGCAGAGAGUUUGACCUUACCAAGGAAGAGGACCUGGCUGCUCUGAGGCAUGAGAUUGAGCUGAGGAUGAGGAAGAGUGUGAAGGAGGGACAGACAGUCAGCUCUGAGACAAUAUCCUUGAGUGUCAAAGGCCCCGGCAUCCAGAGGAUGGUGCUUGUUGACUUACCAGGCGUCAUCAGUACUGUGACUGCAGGCAUGGCAUCAGACACGAAGGACACCAUCUUCAGCAUCAGCAAGGCUUACAUGCAGAACCCAAAUGCAAUCAUCCUCUGUAUUCAGGAUGGCAGUGUGGAUGCAGAGCGCAGCAUUGUAACAGACUUGGUUAGCCAAAUGGACCCCCAUGGGAAAAGGACCAUCUUUGUCCUGACCAAAGUUGACUUGGCGGAGAAGAACUUGGCCAGCCCUAACAGGAUCCAGCAAAUAGUGGAAGGCAAGCUGUUCCCCAUGAAGGCCCUGGGCUACUUUGCUGUGGUGACAGGAAAAGGGAGCAGUGGUGAAAGCAUAGACUCCAUUAAAGACUAUGAGGAGGAUUUCUUCCAGAAUUCAAGAUUAUUAAGGGACGGUAUGUUGAAGGCCCAUCAGGUGACCACAAAGAACUUGAGUCUCGCUGUCUCUGACUGCUUCUGGAAGAUGGUCAGGGAGUCUGUUGAGCAGCAGGCUGAUGUCUUUAAAGCAUCCCGCUUCAAUCUGGAGACAGAAUGGAAGAACAACUAUCCUCGUCUGAGAGAGCUGGACAGGAAUGAACUGUUUGAAAAGGCUAAAAAUGAAAUCUUGGAUGAAGUCAUUAGCUUGAGUCAAGUGACCCCACAACACUGGGAGUCCAUCCUGCAAAAGAAGCUGUGGGAACGUGUUUCCACCCAUGUGAUUGAGAAUAUCUACCUGCCUGCUGCCCAAACAAUGGACUCUGGUACCUUUAACACCACUGUAGACAUCAAGCUCAAGCAGUGGACCGACAAGCAGCUUCCACAUAAAGCACUGGAGGUUGCCUGGGAGACACUGCAGGAGGAGUUUGCCCGCUUCAUGGCUGAAUACAGAGGCAAAGACCAGGACGACAUUUUUGACAAGCUGAAGGAGGCUGUGAAGGACGAGAGUAUCAAGAGGCAUAAGUGGAAUGAGAGGGCUAAGGACAGCCUGAGGGUGAUCCAACACAAUGCCCUAGAAGACCGUUCCAUCACAGACAAGCCACAGUGGGAUGCAGCAAUCCAGUUCAUGGAGGAAACCUUGCAGUCACGCCUCAAAGACACUGAAUCAGUUAUCAGAGACAUGGUGGGUCCAGACUGGAAGCAGAGGUGGAUGAACUGGAAGAAUCGUACACCAGAUCAGCACAUCCGUAAUGAAACGAAAAACGAGCUGGAGCGCUUGCUGAAGUUGCACGAAGACCACACAGCCUACCUGGCCAAUGACGAAGUCACCACAGUCCGGAAGAACCUAGAGGGACGAGGGGUUGAAGUUGACCCUGUGCUGAUCAAGGACACCUGGCAUCAGCUGUACCGACGACACUUCUUGCAGAAGGCAUUGUCCCACUGCAACCUCUGCAGGAGAGGCUUCUACUACUACCAGAGACACUUUGUUGACUCUGAGUUGGAGUGCAAUGAUGUGGUACUGUUUUGGAGGAUCCAGAGGAUGCUGGUCAUCACAGCAAACACUCUCCGACAGCAGCUCACCAACACCGAGGUGCGCCGCUUGGAGAAAAAUGUAAAGGAGGUGCUUGAUGACUUCGGGGAAGACAUGGAGAAGAAGACCCAGCUCAUCACUGGCCGCCGAGUCCAGCUGGCAGAGGAUCUCAAAAAAGUUCGUGAGAUCCAGGAGAAACUUGAAGCCUUCAUAGAAGCUCUUCAUAAGGAGAAAUAAGAGAAGCAGAACCUCUGAAAGUAAAUAUGUGGAUCACAGCAGAGAAAUGCACUGAACAAAGACAACUAAAUCUGUAUAUGACUGUCAUCACCCCCUGGUCCUGCCCCACCACUCACCUGAUUUUAAUACCUACGGCUUGGCUCCUUGUCGCCCUUGGACGCUGAUGGAAAGAUGGACCGAAUCAGAAGGGUAAAGCGGAGGAACAGUUUUCAGGCUUUCUCUUGGAUUUUCUAUUUUUAUUUUUUUAUGUUAGUUUUUUUUUUUUUCUUCUUCUUCUUCUUCUUGCAAACUGUCCCGAUUUUGUGAGGGGGACUUCUGCACAGGAACCCAAACACAGUCACAUCAGGAUUAAAAUGAGAAGCUCACACAGCGUUGUCAUCUGACAACUCAUUUUUUAAUAAAUGAGGAUUGUGUACAUGUCAAUCUCCUCAGUUGUUUUUUUUUUCUCUUUUUUUCUCUUUUCUUUGUUUUUUUUUUGGUCAUGAUCAUACAAGUGUGUGUGUGUGUGUGUGUGUGUGUGUGUUCAUUGAACUGUGCACACAGACACUAUCGGCACUGUUCCUGACAGGUGUGAAAAGCCUUGAGUUUCAUACCAAUGUCUCACCUGGUGCUUGUAAAAUCUGCCAUGUUACCCUCACUGUUAGAAUUUCACUCGCCUCACUGAACUCUAUUUAACAUUGGUUCUUCUUAGUUGCACUUAAGAUUCAAAGCACUUACGUUAUCCCUCCAAGCUGCAGCUGCAUUCUGCAUUUAAUGUACAUGUACCCCUUAAUGAGACUGUGUGUAGUUUCAGCAGAUAUUCUCACCUUAAUUCAUUAUAAAAACAGUAAGUGACUCUGGUUCAGUAUUCAGCUUCAACACUCUCCCUCGUAUCACUAAUAGGCUCUGAACCAGGUUUUGGAAAGAAUAUAAUGCUUAGAUUUAUUUCUUAUUAAAUUUGAGGUUUGUUGGGGUUUAUCUGACAAAAUACUGCACGUAAUUACCCAGUCAUUUCUCUAACUCACCCUUUAUUUUCUGUGAAUUUGGGUUUAAUGUGCAUUUCCAAUAACACAUAGGACUUUAUGUGCAUUAACGUUUCAUCUCUGCUCUCCAUGUUUCAACUGACAGAUAAUUAUACAAAUUAUACAGUGUCUCUCUUAAUAAGUUGAAAGUGUAAUAAGACACAAGUUAAUUAUGCUCCUGGAUAAUUUAGUGCUGCAGUUCUUUUAACUGAUGAUGGUAGUUAUUAGGUUUAAGGCAUUAUUAGUCAACAUUAGGUAAAAAUCCUUGCCAUUUAUUAUAAUAACAGUUCUAAAUAUAUGAUCAACCAAAUUAAUAACCUUUCAUUCUAUUUUGAUAAUCUAUUACAGUAUCUGUCAGUUGAUACACGUCUUUACUUUACACCUGAACACAGUAGCAGGCAGUUCAUAUUCAUGUGUUUCCAUCCGGUUUUAUGGCAUUUUUGGCAGGACAGGCUCUUCUUUAUUUAUUUACUUGUGGUGACGCAGCACAGACCCACUCAUACUAAUCCACUUCCCCUCUUCUUCUUCUUCGUGUGUUUGUAUCAACAUUAAGAUCUUGGGCUUCUGUCAGGGGUGAGAUCAAAAAAACAAAUACAAGGAAAGUAGUUACCUCACUCUGUAAAUUAACAGGCAUUGAAAGAAGUUAACAAUCUAACAUGCUGUUAGGUGACGUUAAACCGAAACUUGCGCUUUUCUGAACUCAGUUCUUCUUCUACCAGUCACUUUCCAGUGCCAGAUGUUUCCCUGUCACGUGCUUUCCUCCUCGAUAUCUUAAAUUGGCUUUCAGAAUUACACUUUCACCUCCACGAUUUAGACCAUUCUGGUUCUUCUCAUCACCCAUGUAGACAUCCACUCAUUCUUCCUAGCGUAAAAACUGUCUGAUAUUUGACUGAAGGGGUGCGAGAGACUGUGUUUACCCCAUUCAUUCAUUCAUUCAUAUGUGUAUAUGGGUAUAUAUAAAUAAUAUGCCGCGCAUUCUUGUACAGUUAAAAUGAAUGGUAUGUCAUGGAGCUACUAUCAUGUACAGCACAUUUAAGCAGAGUGAGCCACUUGUGUAACAGAAAAUCGGUGAGUUGGUUCAAAAAAAUGUUUUAUGUUGUAGAAGUAAUGUUUGCAUGGUGUACCCCAUCGAAUGUGCUUUAUUUAUUAAAUUUGUGUUUAAAAGAGAAAGUGAAAAUAAAAAUUGACAUAAAUAAAAAUGACCUUUU